CUGGACGAUUACAGCAACCGCCUGGCCCGUUACAUGCGGACUCAGCCGAUUUCUCGUGGUGACAGUGUUGCAGUGAUAAUGGAAAAUCGUCCUGAAUACGUGGGGACGUGGUUGGGAUUAAGCAAAGCUGGUUUUGUCGGCGCGCUUGUUAAUACCAACCUUAGGAAAGAUGUGUUAAUUCACAGUGUUAAAGCUGCUAAUUGUAAAUCCAUUAUUUUUGGAGCCGAGUUGAAAGAUGCCAUCGCAGAGAUCAAAGAUAAGCUCCCAGAUGUCGGUCUGUACCAGAGCUCGAGGACACCAGAUACUCCAGUUCUCCAAGGAAGUGUUGAUUUAAAUAAAUCAAUGGCAGAUAUUUCGUCCGCUGCGGUGGAAGUUGAUCUUUCAUUGGGAUGUCCCAGGGACAAACUUAUAUACAUCUAUACGUCAGGAACUACGGGAAUGCCGAAGGCCGCUGUUAUCAAUAACUUGAGAUUCAUGCUGAUGUCUUGUGGCGUAUACUACAUGCUUGGCCUUGAGCAGACGGAUCGAGUUUACGAUCCACUGCCACUUUAUCAUACUGCCGGUGGAGUUGUUGGAGUUGGUCCAGCUCUUUGCGUUGGAAUCACGGUUGUACUUAGGAGAAAGUUUAGUGCUUCCAAAUUUUGGGCUGAUUGCAUUGAACAUAAAUGCACUGUUGCUCAAUACAUCGGUGAAAUAUGCAGAUUUCUGCUCUCUCUUCCGCCAAGUCCGAACGAUACUGCCCACAACGUUCGAUUAAUGUAUGGAAAUGGAUUGAGACCACAAAUAUGGGAAUCCUUUGUGAAACGGUUUAAUGUUGAACAGAUUGGUGAAUUCUAUGGAGCUACUGAGGGGAAUUCAAACCUAGUGAAUAUUGACAACAGACCUGGUGCUGUUGGCUUCGUCCCAAGGUUCGGUGAUGCGCUGUACCGAGUUGCUCUUUUGAGAAUUGAUGAUGAGACUGGAGAGCCUGUGAGAGAUCCUGAUGGCUUAUGUACUAGAUGUAAACCAGACGAACCAGGGAUAUUUGUGGGAAAAAUAAACCCGAAGAAGGCAGUCCACGAUUUUCGUGGCUAUGCAGAUGAGAAGGAAUCAGAGAAAAAGAUCAUCAGAGAUGUUUUUAAAAAAGGGGAUCGUUUCUUUAAUUCUGGGGACAUUUUGGUGAUGGAUGAGCUUGGUUAUUUCUAUUUCAAGGACAGACGAGGAGAUACGUACAGAUGGAAAGGCGAAAACGUUGCUACAGCUGAAGUCGAAGCAGUUAUAAGUAAUAUAAUCGGUCUCCGGGACAGCGUAGUCUACGGUGUUGAGGUACCUGGCAACGAGGGUAAAGCUGGAAUGGUUGCAAUUUACGAUCCAAACCAGACUCUGAGCCUUCAAGAAUUAGCGGAUGGAUUAAAAAAAUCGUUACCCGCAUACGCUAGACCGUUGUUCGUCCGGGUUUUAGCGGAAUUACCAUUAACCGGCACAUACAAAUUGAAAAAAGGAGAUCUCCAAGUGCAGGGCUUCGAUAUUACCAAGAUUAAAGAUCCGGUGUACUUCUUGGAAAAGUCUGGUAAUUACGUGCGAUUAACUGAGCAACUGCAUCGUGAUUUACUUGAGGAGAAGCUUCGCGUCUAAAUUAAAAUGGCAAGAGCUGCGACAAAGAGAAUGGUGAAUCUUUGGGAUUGUUUGAAGAACUGGUGAAACCCCUGUUUUGUCGUGAGAAAAAGAAACUCGGACAAAAUUGCACACGUGAUUUUGUCGAUUGAAAAUCACAAAGCAUCUAAUUAGACGAUAAAUCAAUGGGCUUUAAGAUAAUUAAUCAGUGAUUAAUUAAUUUAAUCCGUUGUUGAAUUUCGGGGAAUAAGGGGAGUAGGUGGAGUUUGCAGAGGCCGAGAGAGUUGCAAAUGAAUAUUUCUUAUUGUUAGUAGUAUUCAAAAUAGACCAUUCGUUAAUAGUAAGGGAUCAUUUAACUAUGACGUCAUAAAAUCACCACCUCUCCUGUUAUGACGGUUUUUAAAAUUUUUUCAUAAUAUGAAAAAUGAAAAAUAAGAAUAAGAAGAGGAAGGCGAAUGAUUGGGUAAACAAUUCAAUCUUUGACCAUUUUGUAACUAAUUAAAUUGUUGCCAUCACAGCUUUUCGAAAUUCCCCUUUGUGAAUCUUUGGAAUAGUUGGAAGAACUGGUGAAACCUCCAUUUUUGUCGUGAGAAAAAAAACGCGGACAAAGCAUCUAAUUAGAUAAUAAAGCAAUGAGCUUUAAGAUAAUUAAUCAGUGAUUGAUUAAUUUAUUCCGCUAUCGAAUUUUGGAGAAUAAGGACAGUAACUGGUGUUUGCAAAGGCCAUGAGAAUUGCUUUUUUUGAAACUAUUUGUUAAAGAAAUAUUUAUUGUUGAUAUUCGAAUUCUUAAUGAAAUAUUUUAACCUCAUUCGACGAGUUGUGUAAAAUAUCACGAGAAGUGACAAAUUUCAUGUAAAUUCCUGAUCUUUAUCCAUUUUCAUUUGCAUAAAAACCUAAAACAAUAAUAUGUAAAUCGAAUCUAUAUCAAUGACUAAUGAGAUUAAAAAGAGCUUACUCAAUUGUUCAUAAGUUAAAAUAUUAAGAAAAUUAUAAUUACGGAAUGCCCCACGACUGAAUCGUUAACGAGGCUACGCCCACUCGUACUGUACUGUUGAAUAAAAACAAGGAGAAACUGU